AUGUCUUGCCUGAGAAUUACCCCAGUCAAAAGAGUUUGGAAGAGCUUAACCACCAAAUUCCACAAGCUCCGGAUAUCCAAAACCAAAAUCCAAACCCGGUACGGUGCAUCAGCUUCACGCCACCCAACCGAGAAGAAUCUUGGAGACAGAGACUCGAGUGUUUUAUUCCUUAUCCGGCUAAAGAGAGGUUGCUUGUUACAGAAGAAACGCAAAUCUGUUGUAUACGUUGAUAAGCUCUUCAGAGAACCCAUUUGGAUUCCAGCAAAACAGUGGAAGCCUAAGGAAGAAUUGGUUCCAGAGAAGGGAAUAGACGAGAGAGCCCAAGAGUUCAUCAACAGAAUGAAAGCAGAGAUGAUCGCUGCACGUAACUCAUAAGCAGACUUGAUAACUAGUUUUUUACUUCCUUCUUGUGUAUAUGAAAAUUCAUUUCUCUAGUGGAUUUAGCACGAGUCUGGCUUAUAAAUCUUUUUCCUUUUCAUAAUAUACUAGUUCACUUAAAAAGAUGAGCUAAAUCGGAUGAAGUGAUAAAAAAAACAAGUGGAUGUGUACCUUAUGACAAAAGCUCAAACUGAGACGAUUGUCUGUUAGAUAAGAAGUACGG